AUGGAGAACGCAGACGACCUUUUUAACCCCAGGUACGACAGGAGCGGCGUGUUUUUAAACUUCAUACUCGUUAUUUAGUGACGGACGCGUCUGAGAGCUUCAAACUGAUGAUAUAUGAGGAUUAACGGUCCUUACAGAGGGUAAAGAGUUCAGGUUAAAUCUGAAGUUAGUGUCUGUUUUAACAGUUUUUAUCCCCAAACUCACGAUUGAGUCGUUUCUCAACCUGAACUUUGAUUUUAUUCAAACUUUUUGAAACUUUUCUCGGUCAGAUUUCUGAUUUUAUUCUAAAUGAAACGACUCAGUUGUCUGUUUGUGUGACUGACUGUGAAGCGACAAGGACAAACGUGGUGUCUGAGCGAAGAAAAACUGUUUUAUGUUGUUUUAAGACAGAGUCGGUCUUCAGAUGAUACUCUGGUUUAUUCAGGAGGGUUUGUUUUACUUUAUUUCUUAUUUGAUGAAUAUUUUAAAGUUAAACUUCUGUGUGUAUUUAAAACUCUGACUUUACAGUAGAAAGGUUAAACAUAUAAUGACUUUGUGAAAUAUAUAAUAAUAUAAAAUCCAACUGUUGACCCUCCUUUAGACUUUAACAUCAAAACUUCACCUAAAUCUUAAAUUUAUCUCCAAAUAUUCCUAAAAAGUGUUUUUUUACAGAGUUUUAACGUUUACCGUCUCUUCCUGUGAUGAUCGCAGUAUUAAAACGCAGUAUUAAAACGCAGUAGUACUAGUAUUUGAGUGUGUACUUCUUCUUCUCCCCGAGCUCGUCUCACAGCAGCUGACGUUAUUUAUAGCAGGAGGCGUGAGAGCAGCUGUCGUGUCGUUUCUGCGUUUAACAGGUGUCGCACGUGUGUGUGUCACUGCGUUUGUUUUCAUGUCUUUGUAAAGACUUGAUCCCCGGGGGACGUUCGCAGUGCGGGGACCUGAUGAUCACAUGAUCAAAUGAAACCUUUUAAAGAAGCGUUCAGGUUUGAAGACAUUAAAGAAUGACAGGGUGAAAGGUUCUUCGUUUUUGUUCACUUUGUUCAUGUAGAUCAGUGGUUUUAAACUGGUCUCACUCUGGGACCCACAUUUUCCCAGGGUCCUUAAGUCGUGACCAACUUUUAUAAAAUUUAAACAAAGAAAAUUUAUUUUUUAUUUAAAAAAACUUUAAUUACUCAAAUCUUUAACAUUAAUACACCGUAAAGAGUAAAGUACAACGGAGAAUUAGAGCCACAUUAAGAGAAAAAAAAAGACUUGGAAAUUAAAGUCAUUAUUUACGAGAAAAAAUGACUUAUUAAAUUAUUAAAAAAUAAUUUAGGAGAUUAAAGUUGUAAUUAAAAUUUUUCUUUACCGAGAAUAAAGUUGUGAUGAAUAAUUAUUUACAAGACUGAAACCGUAAUGUAAUCAUUACUUACGAGAAAAAUGUCAUAAUAUAAUCAUUACCUUCGAGAAAAAAGCUGUAAUAUAAUCAUUACAAAAAUAAAGUCCUAAUAUAACCAUAAUGAGAAAAAGUCGUAAUAUAAUCGUUACAAGAAUAAAGUCGUAAUAUUAAUAUGACAAGAAAAAAGUCGGAAUAUAAUCAUUACUUACAAGAAAAAAGUAAUAAAGUUAAUUUCUUACAUAAAUAAAGUUGUAGCUAAUAUUCUAACCUGUUGUUCGUUGUUUAAAUGAGCGCUGUGGAGCAUUUAGAUGAAUUGAAUUUUAAUAGUUUGGUUUGACAAACAAGGAGAUACUAAAUCUUUCGGCAUUUCAGCGUCACAUCGUCAGAAAUAUCGGGACAAAUUUAAGAAAUGCAUCUUUGUUUUAUUCUCGUUAGUAAUUAUCAAGUCUUAAAUUUUUCUUUUCUUAAUGUGGCCCUGAUACUCUGUCUUAGUAAACUAAUAAACCACAAGAGGACAUUUUUAUCGUUUAUCCGACUGUAUUCUGGUGUUUUUUAGUAAUUUAUUGAUCAUAUUGAUUAGAUAGAAGUUUAUAAAAGUUUGAAUCAAAUAUGAUAAAAAAGAUAAAUAAAGGGUUUUAAGAGAAUCAGUGAAAAACUUUUUUGAUAAUUUUGCUGCUAAAAUUAAAAACUUUUAUUUUUCAUGUUUUUUUAACACGUUAACUCGUCACAAACAGGUUUUAGUCCGUGUUGAAGGAGAUAAAGAGUAGUAGGGGAUUUUCCUUUACAGUAAAGUGAUGAAGAUAUCAGUCUGUGACAUUCGAGUGUAUUUGUGUAUGUAAAUCUGAACCAGACUUACAGCUGACGGGUGCGUCAGCGGCUUUCUGUUUGUCAUUAUGUAAAUACGCUGGUUUCACUCAGCCUCUGUGUGUGUGUGUGUGUGUGUGUGUGUGUGUGUGUGUGUGUGUGUGACUGUGUGUGUGUGUGUGUGUGUGUGUGUGUGUGUGUGUGUGUGUGUGAGUGUGGAACUUUUGAUGGUAUUUAAAUGAAAAACCUUCAGCUCUGAUAACGUCUCUCCAAACUUCACUGAUGACUCUUUCUGCCCAAAAACGUCCACGUCAGGUUCAGGUGUGAAUUUAUGAGCAGAAACUAAAUAAUAAAAACAGAGAAUUUCUGUUUUUAAUCUCUGAGAUAUUAAACUGACAGGUGUGUGUGUGUGUGUGUGUGUGUGUGUCAGUAGGAUGUUUGUGGUCAGACUGAGUCAACAGGAAUCAUCUCAUGAUGUUUCGAUGAUCUUCCUUUUCUCAAUUAUUUCUGACAUUUCUGUGUGUGUGUGUGUGUGUGCGUGUGUGUGUUUAACCCUCCGGCAGUGACUUUGACAAAUGUCCUCUCAGAUAUCAUCUAUAUAAACAUCCGAUCAGAGUAUUGAUGACAUUGAUUUACAUACAGUCAUAUCAGAUCACUCUGUCAUAGACCUUUGAUUAACAGAUUCACAUCUAGAUUAUAGAUCAUCAUUGUUUACAUUAUCAAUGAUCAUAUUUACAUUAUAGAUCAUCAUAGUAACAUUAAAGAUAGUCAUAUUAUUAUAAUAGAUCAAAAUAUUAUUAUUAUUAUUAAUCUUUACAUUUAUAUUACAGAUCAUCCUAUCUAUAUUAUAGAGCAUCAUAUUUAUAUAAUUUAACAUAAUAUAUAUUAUAGAUCAUUAUAUUAGUAUUAAAGAUGAGCAUUUUUAUAUCUAUUUUUAGAUUAACAUAUUUUUAUUAUUAUUUAUCCUACUUUUAUUUUUAAUUAUCCUAUUUUUGUUUUUAAUUAACAUAUUUUUAUUUUUAAUUUUCAUAUUUUUAUCUUAAUUAUUAUAUGUUAAUUUUUGAUAAUAGUAUUUUUAUUAUAAAUUUUAAUAAUAGUAUUUUUAUCUUAAUAAUUGUAUUUUUAUUUUUGAUUAUCGUAUUUUUUUACUAUCAUUUUACACAUUACCAUUUUUUAUUAUCAUAUUUUUAUUAUUAAUUAUCAUACGAAUAUUAGAGAUCACAUUUUCAUAUGUUCCUCUGUUUUUUCAGAGUUUGACCUUCUGUUUUUGUGUCUCUCAGUCUGGCGGCGGCGCUCAUUAAACUCGACCCCGAGGACGGCGAGCAGAUCGUGGAGUAUUUUAAAACCCACGCGCUGCUAACCAGAGAGAAAGCACGUGAGUAAAAACACGCUUUACGUUACCGAUCCGACACAGGACAACACGGCGAGGAAACAGCGUGUUAUCGAACCCCAAACUGCAGUCGUGUGUUUUUGUGUUUUCAGUCCUGCAGUCGUCGAUCAGAGACCAGAAAAAACUGCUGGUGGAAAACGGAAAAUUAAAGAAGGACAUCGAGCAGCUGAAGGUUCAACUUCAGGACAAACAGAGGAGACGCACAGGUACGCAUUACAAUCUAAUUCUCCGUCGCCACAUUUUAGCUCCGCCCAUUAUUCUUUUUUUUUUUUAAGGUCAGAGCUGAAGAUUUGAGUCAAAAAAGGUAGAAAUUUUUUUUUUAAUGAUAAAAGUUGUUUGAGAGACAUGAGUCAAAAAAAGUAAGAAAAAAAAAACUCUUAUCUGCAUGUCUGUUUUACAUAGGAGACAUAGGAGGCUGGAUGGAGCUAAAAAUAUAAAAAAUUGGCACUACAAAAAUAAUUUUAAUGCAUCAAAAUUGUUUUUUCUUCUCAUCAUUUAAAUGGCCCGGACUCUAUUUAUCAAAAAAAAGCUAAUUUAGGUCAUUUUAUAUGGAAAUAUGGCGAUUUUGUGUUUUUUUACCAUUAAAAAUAGCAGCGACAUGGCGCAAAAAAAUGGCAUAAAAAGGUGAAUUUAAGGUAAAAGGGGGAUUUUUAAAAAAAAAAUUUAUGUUCAAUGCUAAAGUUGUUUAAGAGACAUGAGUCAAAAAAAGUAAGAAAAAAUGUUUUAAAAAUGAUUAUUUUCUGAACACACAAAACUAACAGGAACCGAGGGCAGGAUUACUUUCUGAAGUACAAAAAAAUGUCCUCUUAAUUUUUCCUUUUUGGGUCCUCGUUUGUUAUUUUUCUUAUAUUGUCCCUGGUCCUCAAAUAGACAUAAAAACAAACACAAACAGACACACACAAACAACUGUGGUUGAUUUCCUGUCCCCUCGAGCCGCUUCUGUGUCGCUGUGGUCAGAUUGAAAUUAAAAAAACAUAAUAAAACCGAAUUUAGAUUGAGAUUAAAUUCCUGAGUUUAUUUUACGUCAGUCCAAGAACUUUCAGUUUUUUUAUUUUUGUUUUUCAGCUAAAGCUUUAUUCGCCCCGGCCCCGCCUCCUCAAACAACAAGCCCCGCCCCCAAGUCACCUGUCGAUCAGCCGGCCUUCCCCGCUGGAGCAACAGCCGCCGUUCCAGGAAACAUCUCCCCUCCCCUGUCUCACGAUCGGAAAGGAAGGAGGAAAGGAGAGAGGAAAGGUGAGACGAUAAGGAGUGAAAUUAAGGACAGAGGAAACGAAGAGAAGACUCACUCUCUCUCUCUCUUUCUCAGCUCGUCCCACCUCAGACUCGUUCACUUUGGAGGCGGAGCUCAGCGUAGACGUGUCACGGCUAGACUUGCGGGUCGGACGGGUCCUGAACAUACGGCGCCACCCACUGGCGAGGACGAUGUCGGUUCAAGAGGUGGACAUGGGAGAGGACGCCCCUCGCACCGUCGUCAGCAAACUCGAAGAACAAACAGACUUUGAGGAGGUAACACAAGUUUAUUUUUUUAAAUAUUCCGAUUUAUAAACUUAACGUUUUUGUGCCGAAUAUUGUCUUUAAUAAUAAUGAAGUUUUUAUACCAUAGCGACUUAAAAAAUAAGAAAAUUACGCAGAAAUAUUUAAUUGGUUCUUUUUUGUUUCCUGUAUUUAACCUCGGCGUCCCUCUGGUCUCUAAAAUUUUUAUUUCACGUCUUUUUUAAAGUUUCUAAAAGUACACCGUUUUUCUCGCUCUCUAGAUCCAGGGGAGUCUCGCUGUGCUGCUUUGCAACAUCAAGGCCUGCAGGGUUAGGGGCGUGGUCUCACAGGCCCGCAUCCUCUGUUGCGCCUACUCCGAAGACAGCAGCGAGCUUCUGACUCCGCCCACAGGGUCGAACCCCGGAGACAGAGUCACCUUCCUAAACUACCCAGGUAACAUCAUCACGAACAAACCGACAAAAAAAAUGAUUAUUCACAAAUUUAAGCUGCGUUCGAGUUACCUUUAAAGUCGGAUGUCGGAGCUGAAAACGAUGUCACACCCGAGUUAUCGGCAUUUCAGUUACCAAGUCGGAAAAAAGCAAAAUCAGGGCAAAAACAAGAUGGCUAAAUCCAUGAAAGUUAUUUAAGCGCUUGCUGUAUAUUUGGACAAGACAAGUGAUAAAAUAACUUUCGUAGAUGCAGCCAUCUUGUUUCCGCCUCCGAUUUUGCUUUUUUCCGACUUCUAGCACUUCUAGCCAAUCAGAGACGAAGGAGGCGGGACCUUCCCCAAACAUCAUACGAACAGAAAAUUUCGCGUCCAGCUACCACCUGACCUUUCUGCGCGUCCAUCAACCUCCAACCGCCAAUGACUUUACCAUCAUCAUGACACGUUGCCAUGGAGAUCUGAUCUGCUUAUGACUCCUCCCCCUUUUUUUUUCGUGCUCAGGUGACCCGGACAAAGAGCUGCAGUCCAAACAGAGGGUUUGGGAGCUCCUUCAACCCGACCUGCAGGUGGACGGUCGGGGCGUGGCCAACUAUAAAGGCUGUGGGUUCGAGGUGAAGGGUAAAGGUCUGUGCCGGGCCCCCACCCUCACCAACUGCGGCAUCAGAUAG